GCGACGCCGGAGGUGCAGACCAUGGUGACACUAGGAGUCCAGCGCCGGGUGCGCGCUGCCUGCGAGGGUCGCAUAUGCAGACGACCAUCGCGUCGCCCGCGGUCCGCGGACGCUCGAGCAGCGGCGGCAUAGCAUACGUCUCGGCAGGAGAUGCUGGCGUGGCCACGGAUGCAGUGGAGACGCAGAGAUUAUGGGAGACGCGACGGACGUUAGGAAGUGGAUGAGGCAAGGUUCCUUUCCUGCACCUGCAGCCGGUCCACAUCAACAUCUUAGUCCACCUCAGCGCGCCUGCGUGGAAAACCCACUAUGCGAUACCACCUCAGGAGCCGAACUAGAAGCUAGAGCGCCGCCUCCAUCUUCGAUGUUGAGCGGCGGAGCCGUACGAACGGUGCCUGGUUGCCGGGGGGAGGAGGCGGCCACGCAGGGACGCGCCCAUGUGACUCGAUGCCCUCCGUCGCUUCGUUCCGGCGUCCGUCCACAAGCGCCGGCAGUGCACGCUACGACUGUGUCAGCAGCGCCCGUUCCCCCAUCGAGGACGGCGGCGGCGACCAUGACGCCUGGGGCGACGUCGGUGCCGCCGUACCGGCCAAUCCACCGCGGCGAAUCAUCGGCGACCGCGCCGCCGUCGGCGGUGGUGGCAAGCGGCGAAUCGGAGCCCAUCGUUGGGGGAGAAGCGUGCAACGGAUCGAGCAAAGGCAGCGCCGUGGAUGGGAAAACAGCAAGUAGUUGCUCUGGCCCAAGGAAGAGGGGGGUGAAGAGAAGUUGGAAGGAUGGUGUUGGAGCAGAUUCGAGGGCAUUCGUCCCUGGACGCAUUAGCCCCUUGGAGGAAGCACUACGGUGUUAUGGCGACAGAGGGGCUGGUCCAAUUAUUGCUCCACGUGCAGGGCUUGAAUUUGAUUCAUGUGAGGAGGCAUUUGAUUAUUACAAUCUGUACUCAUGGGAGAUGGGAUUUGGGAUUCGUUAUUCAUCCAGUCAAAGUUACAAGAAGCGUGGUGAAAUUUAUCGCAACAUGGUGUCAUUUGUGUGUGUAUGUGGCGGAACACCAGAUGCAGGAUCAAAAAAAUCAAUCAAACAGGGGUGCCCGGCGUUUGUGCGGUUGCUGCGAACGGAUGAUGAUGGAUGGUAUAUCAAAGAAUUUGUUGCAGACCACAAUCACAAAAUGUCAGAGACAUGUGCUGAAAUAAGUUGCUGGAAAUCACACCGGCAGAUUGAUCCCCACACAAAAGAACUAGUAAAGAAUUUAAGGGCGAACAAUGUCAGUUUGACGGAGGUGUCCUGCAUCCUUUCCAGUUUUUUUGGCAACAAUAACGCAUCCGCAGUUACAAAAAGAGCAUUGCGUAGCCUGACUGUUCAGAAUAACAGUGAGAAAGUAGAAGGUGAUGUCCAUCAAACCAUUGAAAACGAUGUCCAGAUUAACAGAGAGGCAGAAGACGAUGUCCAAAAGACCAUUGAAGUAUUCAACCGGUUGCAUGAAGAGGAUGAAGGAUUUGCAAAUGUAGUUGAUUUAGAUGAGGGUGGAAAGAUCAAGACAAUGAUGUGGACCAACGGAAAGAGCAGGCAUGAUUACCUUUGUUUUGGGGAUGCUAUCACAUUUGACACCACGUACAGGACAAAUAAGCGUUGGAAGAAUGGUGUUGGACCAGACUCAAGGAAAUUUGUUCCUGGACGCAUUAGCCCCUUGGAGGAAGCACUUCGGCGUUAUGGCGACAGAGGGGCUGGUCCAAUUAUUGCUCCACGUGCAGGGCUUGAAUUUGAUUCAUGUGAGGAGGCGUUUGAUUAUUACAAUCUGUACUCAUGGGAGAUGGGAUUUGGGAUUCGUUAUUCAACCAGUCAGAGUUACAAGAAGCGUGGUGAAAUUUAUCGCAACAGGGUGUCGUUUGUGUGUGCAUGCGGGGGCACACCAGACGCAGGAUCAAAAAAAUCAAUCAAACAGGGGUGCCCCGCGUUUAUGCGGUUGCUGCGAACGGAUGAUGAUGGGUGGUAUAUCAAAGAAUUUGUUGCAGAUCAUAACCACAAAAUGUCAAAGACAUGUGGGGAACAAAGUUGCUGGAAAUCACACCGGCAAAUUGAUCCCCACACAAAGGAAGUAGUGAAGAAUUUAAGGGCGAACAAUGUCAGUUUGACGGAGGUGUCCUGCAUCCUUUCCAGUUUUUUUGGCAACAAUAACGCAUCUGCAGUUACAAAAAGAGCGCUGCGUAGCCUGACUGUUCAGAUUAACAGAGAGAAAGUAGAAGGCAAUGUCCAUAAAACCAUUGAAGACAACGUCCAGAUUAACAGAGAGGUGGAAGACGAUGUCCAAAAGACCAUUGAAGUAUUCAACCGGUUGCAUGAAGAGGAUGAAGGAUUUGCAAAUGUAGUUGAUUUAGAUGAGGGUGGAAAGAUCAAGGCAAUGAUGUGGACCAAUGGAAAGAGCAGGCAUGAUUACCUUUGUUUUGGGGAUGCUAUCACAUUCGACACCACGUACAGGACAAAUAAGUAUAACAUGCCCUUUGGAUUAUUUGUUGGGGCCAACAAGCACUUCCAAUCUGUAAUAUUUGCUGGUGUGUUAAUGCUAGAUGAGAGCAUCAAGAGUUUUGAGUGGGGGUUUCACACAAUUUGUGGCUCUAAUGGGAGGCAAGGUACCAAAGACGAUACUUACAGACCAGUGCAGUGCGAUGGAAGUUGCAUUGGCCAAUAAGUUCCCUGAGAUAACACACAGAUGGUGCAAGUGGCAUGUGUUUCGGACUAUAAAGGCUGAGUUAGGCCAAAAGUAUACGAAGGAGUUCAAGGAAGAGUUGAACAAGAUAUGCAACCAUAUGCUAACCUCUGAAGAGUUUGAAGCUGGAUGGGGUGCUCUCGUGACAAAGCAUGGACUGAAGAAUAACGUGUAUAUGUCAAAUAUAUAUAAUAACCGGCACAUGUGGGCAAAGGCCUACUUCAGCGGGAAGUUUUGUGCCAAGCAAACUAGCACUCAGCGGUGUGAAAGUGCAAACCACGUGCUUAAGGGGUCUUUGUCGCCAGGAGCUACCAUGCAUAUCUUCGUGGAACAAUACCACAAGUUAUUAUCAGAGUUGAUUGAGAAGGAAGAUGGCAAGGAGCAUGAGGACAAGCUGCCAUUGACAGAAACUUCUACUGGGUGGCCAAUUGAGUCGCAUGCUGCUGAGUUUUACACGAAGACAAUGCUUGGCAAGUUCGUGGACCACAUGAAGCAGGGUGCUAAAUAUGAUGUGGUGGAGAUUGUGCCAAGACGAAAGUACAGACUUGAUCACGUAGAUCCUUUGAGUUGUGAUAAGUGGUACCGUUCGUCUUACAUGGUAGAUGUAAGGGAAGAUGGUGGCUACUACCAAUGCGAGUGUGGGAUGUGGGAUCAUAUGGGAAUCCUGUGUUGUCAUUCUAUCCGGCUAAUGAUGCAACUAAUGGUACGAAAAAUACCAGAACAACACUUGCUGAGGAGGUGGUCAAGGAAUGGCAAUAAAGUUGAAUCCGACAUUGUGAGGCAAGCAGACCUGGCAAGUUAUUUGCAUACAUCAAGAAGUUUCAGAAAUGCUUCACUAACCAACAAGGCAAGAGAGUUAGUGGAGUUGGGGGACCUGAACAUUGAAUGCUAUGAUCUGUGUUACAAGGGCAUUUGUGAAUUAAUAGAACAAGUGAAGAGUAAGAGGCCAAAUACAGACGUGGCUUAGCCAUGAAGCUUUAAGUUGCAACAUGCUCAGGCACUGCAGGCAGCUACCAGCAUGCCAGUUGUGGGAGGCAACGAAUGGGUGAUGGAGGUCAGUUGCAUCCAAGAGCAAAGACGCCAGAUGUAACGUGACACAGUGUUGGGCCAGCAAAUGCAAGAGAUGGUCCAGGAUAUGAGCGCCGUAGGCCUCUAUCAUAUUGAACAAAGCGGUUUAAAACAUGCGGUGGGACAGGACACAAUGCGGAUCAGUGCCCAGACAGGGAUCCUGCACUGGACAAACCAAAAGAACCGAGCAGAUGCACUCGUUGCAGAAUGACCGGACAUACCAGAGUGGCCUGUGGAAGAUCUGCUGGGGCGGCCGAACCUGCUCAUGGCGAGCUCUGAAAUCCAUUUAAUGGCAUUGAACAGGGCUCCGACAACAUCACAUUUUGGAUGCUAUUUUGUGUGGCAAUUUAGUGGACCCAUCUUUAACGACUGAAACCUGGUCGCGCUCCCGGCCAGGCAAGCCGUCCGCAUCAUCCAAAAGAACACCGGCCGUCGGAUCGCGCGCGGACGGCCCGGAUCGUCUAACAGAGGCCCGGCGAUCUUGCAAUAAGCCCCUAGACUUCAACGAAAUCGAACCUGCCGUCCGAAGAACUCUCAGGAAUUUUUUCAUAAAACCCCCCGGACUUCGUCGAAAUGCGAUCCGCCGUCCAUCGGUCUCUCUCAGCAACCUUUCGAAAAAAACCUCUACCUUUCAUGAAAUUAGAGCGCCGUCCUGCCAGUUUGUAAAAUACAAAUAAAAAUGUCGAAAAAUGUGGAUUAACUUUUGUUGGCUUCGUUAGGACAUGAGGUAUCCAAUAAAAAUAUUAAAUCUUGGUAAUAUCCA